GCUAAAUCGGUUCAAAUAGUUAAGCCCUGGAAAAAUCGAUAGCCACAAUCGAUUACUUUGAGUCAACAACAGCGCAACAGGUUCUGCAAUAGCUGCACUGAUAAAACAUUUAAAUAUUAAGAAUUAUGAUGCGUUCAAAGUUAUUGAGCCUUCUGCCCCGUACCAUGGGUGUGUGCAGACACAUGUCCACGGCCACAAAGCUGACCACUGUGGAGAUCGAUGAUAAAACCGGCAUUGCAACGCUCACAAUGAACCGACCGCCCGUAAAUGGCCUAAACUUGGAAUUGCUGCGUGAUGUUCAUCAGUCCAUUGAGGAAAUUGAGGGCAACAAAAGUCGCGGCCUUAUACUGACAUCAUCGAACAGCACAAUAUUCUCUGCCGGACUGGAUAUAUUUGAGAUGUAUAAACCAGACAAGGAACGUAUUCGAGCAUUUUGGACAGCUCUGCAGGAUGUUUGGUUGUCCCUCUAUGGCAGCAGUGUUCCGACUGCGGCAGCAAUUAACGGUCAUUCCCCGGCCGGAGGUUGUUUGCUGGCCACAGCUUGCGAAUAUCGCGUCAUGUUGCCAAAAUACACAAUUGGCUUGAACGAAACGAAACUUGGAAUCGUGGCACCGCAAUGGUUCAUGGCAACCUUUCAGAGCGUUCUGCCGCGUCUACAGGCUGAGCGAGCGCUUAACCAGGGACGCAUGUUCACAACGGAGGAAGCCCUGGAGAUUGGCCUAGUCGAUAAGAUUGCCAACAGCAAGGAGGAAGCCUUGGCAAAGUGUGUCGAAUUUAUUGGCACAUUUGCCAAGGUAAAUCCCAUAGCACGCGCAUUAACCAAACAACAAAUUAGGGCUGCUGAACUAAAGCAAUUGCAAGAUGGACGUGUCCAAGAUAUGGAGAGGUUCCUCUUCUUUGUUAGCCAACCAUCUGUUCAAAAGGGACUGGGCAUUUAUCUAGAAAGUCUGAAAAAGAAGUCAUCAAAGUGAAAUUAAUGCCAUUGAUAUAACUUAAUUAAAAUUUUUAUAAAUCUAAGUGUGAAACCAAUUAAAUUUUGAAAUUUUCUAA